AUGCCUCCGCUGCCCGCCGAGAUGCCGCUAUCAGCCAAGACGUUACUCUUCGACCUCGACGAUGACCUCGCCGACUGGUUCCCCCCCUACGGUGAGCCCGCCGAUCCUCCCUUACCGCCCCCAGAGACCGCGACUAGUCUGCAAAUGAGCGACUUCACCCACGUUACCUUCGCCGACCCCAUUCUCUACAUCAAUCUGGUACAGGAAUGCUUCCAAACCGACGCCCACCUGGAGCCCCUCAAAGACCGACAACUGGUGGGAGUCAGAAACGACUUGCGCUGGGGUGCCACCGCCAUCGACGUGUGCGAUCAGCUCUUUGAUCCCGCUCACUCUUUCGUGUUCCAUCUCCUCCGCCGCUAUCCCACGCAGCCCAUCCCGUCUGUGGUCAAAUACAGUUGGCAGGAUACGGGGUUAUGGGAAUUGAAGAGAGCCGUGUACUCUCUCGUGGCCCUCCACGAUCCAGCCGAGAUCCUGCCUCUGAGCUUUCCACUCAGUACCCGUCGUCGUCGUCGGUUCGCCAUGAUCGAGGUGAGGGCCUUUGGUACCUUUGACGCCCUGGUCAGCGACUUGCGCAAGGUGGAGGAGAAGACCAAGACCAAGAACGAGGACCACCACGACGAGGGUACCUCCAUCGUCGGCCCCGACGUCUCUCGCCUCGAGCUCACUACCCAGAAAUGGCUGAAGCAUAUCGCAGACACCUGCCUCAGCCUCCGAAUCAACCACGCCGCUAUCACCGACCACGUCCACCUCAUCAUGCUCGUGUUCCCCGCGAUGAUCAUCAGCCAAGAUUCCUCUUCUGCCCCUAGUCAACUCCCCUCUCCCGGCGUUCACGGAGGAACCUUUUCGGCUUCCAUUGUCAGAAGAAGCCGGGAGAAGCCUGUUGCCUACGCGGGAUGGCUGAGAGCUGCGGCACGUGCUACGCCUUUUGAUGCUUGA